AGGCGCUAGAGAUUUCUCAAUAACUCUCAUUUAUUACCUGUGUUGGCAGCCUAAAGCCUGACCGUAUAGGCGGCAGUCAAACUACAUAGUUUCAAUAUGCCCACAAGUACCGUCUUGCCUCUUAUUCCUUAUUUCUGACGCUCUACGUUGUCUCCCUUUGCAAUUUAAGCGCAACCGCUUUACCUGAAGGCUGUGGUGGGUCUUUGGGCACUGUCAGUAUCACUUCAGCACAUAUUCAGGGACUCAGGUGGACCUGUUCGAGCAUCGACCCAAGCUCUGUACCGGGAAGCGGUGACAAUCUGCUACUCUCACAUUCGACUCAAAGCGAUGUGAAGAAAUGCGGAGCAUAUUGCGGUAAUCACUUCUUACCCGCCGACGUCAUGGCAGCUUUCUGGUACCCGUAUAACUCGACGUGCCAGUGUUGGAACAUUGGAUUAGUUAAGGGCAGCUUUACUGCAGCUCGGCAUAAAACCUCCAACAUCACCCUCGUCGACUUCUACGAUAGGCCGCCCAGCCCUGCGGUCAAAUUUGGUGUCUUUACCUGCCCAGCUGGUGCGUAUAGCGCCAAAAUGUCGACUUACGGUUCUUGCGGCCCUUUGAUUGUCACCCCUGCCAGUGCUCUUUUGGUUAAAGGCACAUCAGCCUUGCUUACUUGUAGGAGCGUCAAGGCAGAGUAUGCAAUCCAGAAUAGUAAAGGGACCUUUGAUUGCUACAAGGGACUGUCGAAAGCCAAGUACCAAUAUCACUACUCGUCGAAGCUCACUCUAUACGACCUUGUUGACUUUCCAGCACCUAAGGCAAAGAAAUAGUGAGCCAAAUUGACACUUGGAUUGAGCUUGAAUCAACAAGUGGAAGAGGGAACAGGUUAUGGAGGCGCUCUCUACUGUUUUCUACCUUAAUCUGCAGUUUUACCUGAACCAGAAGCGAGGCGAAGCUAGAGAUGCCAUAAAGGUACUGUUAGAAGGGAUUAACCUUGGAGAAGACAGAUUGAGGGAUGACUAGUUCAAUUACAUACACUAUUUGGGCUGUUGACUCCGGGGGUAGUAUACCAAUAUGGGCCUGUGUCUUAUUAGGCUAAAGUGGUGCAUGGUAAGAAAAGGCCUUUAUCCUAGAUAAUCAAUUUCCGGAUUAGUUUUUAACGCAUUUUCUGUUAUAAACCCUAACUACUGAGUAUGGAUAUUAGCUUUUAUUAACCUAAGAUUUUACCCCGGUAUGAGCCC